AUGUCGAUGGACUUUUCUGCCUUGGCUCAGCAAUUCACUGAAUUCUAUUACAACCAGUUUGACACCGACCGCAGCCAACUGGGGAACCUCUACCGGGACCAGUCAAUGCUCACGUUUGAGACCUCGCAACUACAGGGGGCGAAGGACAUCGUGGAGAAGCUUGUUUCGCUGCCAUUCCAGAAGGUGCAGCACCGGAUUACCACGUUGGACGCGCAGCCCGCGUCUCCCAACGGGGACGUGCUUGUGAUGAUCACCGGCGACUUGCUGAUCGACGACGAACAGAACGCACAGCGGUUUUCGCAGGUCUUCCACCUGAUGCCGGAGGGCAAUUCGUACUAUGUGUUCAACGACAUCUUCCGUCUUAACUACUCAGCGUGA